AUGCUCAACGGUGCUGUCAAUGAAGUCGUGAAGGGGACUUCCAUUGUCAACUUGCCGGCCCUGAUUCUAGGAGGUGCAACGCUCAACACACAGUAUAAUGACAACCCGAAAUCGAUUCCACUUAUAGAGAUGAUACGAUACGCUUUCCAAAACGGAAUCAGAGCCAUUGAUACUUCUCCUUACUACGGAGAGAGCGAGAUUCUAUACGGGAAAGCCUUGGAGUACCUCAGGGCUGAGUAUCCCAGAGAACACUACUUCAUAUGUUCCAAAGCAGGCAGAAUAAAACUAGACGAGUUCGACUACUCGAGAUCCAGUAUUAGAAAGAGCGUGUUGAGAUCUUGCGAAAGGCUUAAAACAGACUACAUUGACGUGAUGUUUCUGCACGAUGUGGAGUUUAUCGAAACAAAGCAGGUGCUGGAGGCCCUCAAAGAGCUACGGAAGCUCAAAGACGAAGGUGUUAUCCACAACUUUGGGAUCAGUGGCUAUCCUGUCGAUUUUUUGCUCACCGUUGCUUUGAAAAGCUGUGAAAUGGUGGAUAUCGGUCCUCUUGACGUGGUGCUGUCGUAUGCUAACCUGAACUUACAAAACAUGACGUUGAACAAUUACUACUCUCGGUUUAAGCACGAUGCGGGGGUGAAAGUUGUGGAAAACGGAUCCAUCUUGAGUAUGUCUUUGUUGCGGACUCAGGAAACGAAGUCGUUUCACCCGUGUUCUGCCAAGCUUCGCACACUCGCUUGCAAAGCAGCUGAAUACACUGCUUCUCAGGGCGAGGAUUUGGCUCUGCUGGCCACAAGAUUUGCCAUCAGUAAAUGGGUGCACAAAGGCCCCACCGUUCUUGGCGUCAGCAGCGUUCAGGAGUUGCGGGCAGCGCUAGAGAGUUACUGGGACGUCAUGAACAUUAAGGACCAAGAUCUAAGUGUGAGUGACGCAGGACUUGUGGCUCACAUUCAACAGUCAAUUUUCGGCAACUGCAUGAACGAGACGUGGGUGUCUGGAAUUGAACACUGA